AUGUGGACUGUCAUCGUCGUGCUCGCUGGCCUCGCCCUCGGGUGUGGCGCCGUCGACAACGCCGGCGGGGAGCUCGUUUUCGACGUCGUGGACCACGGGGCGAGAGGCGACGGCAUCACGGACGACACCAAGGCGUUCGAGGCCGCCUGGACCGCGGCGUGCGGCGCCAAGGCCCCGUCGGCGUCGAUGGUCGUGCCGCCGCAGAGAUCAUUCCUCGUCGGCCCCGUCAGCUUUCAGGGGCCAUGCGCCUCCGAAAGAAUCACCGUGCAGAUCCAGGGCAACAUUGUGGCGCCACCAUCGACGGCGGCGAACACAUGGACCAGUGAUUGCGUUCAAUCUGCACCGACGGCGUUGAAGCUGGUGAAGUGCAACAACCUGGAGGUGAGCCAGUUGAGCAGCAAGGACAGCCCGCAGAUGCACAUCGCCAUCCUUGAGAGCAGCGGCGUCAACGUGUGGGGGCUCAACAUCACCGCGCCGGGGAGCAGCCCGAACACGGACGGCGUCCACAUCGAGCAGAGCCAGAAUGUGCAGGUCACCAACUCCAGGAUCUGCACCGGCGACGACUGCAUCUCCAUGAGCUCCGGGAGCCGCUUCGUCACCGCCGACGGCAUCGAGUGCGGUCCUGGCCACGGAGUAAGUAUUGGGAGUCUGGGCAAGAAUGGUGAUACGGCCGCCGUGGAGUUCAUCGACGUGAAGAAUGUUCACUUCAUCAAUACCAUGAACGGAGCCAGGAUCAAGACAUGGGAGGGUGGACAAGGGUACGCAAAAUCCAUCUCAUUCACCAACAUAGAGUUCGACAACGUGGACAACCCCGUGCUCAUCGACCAAUUCUACCGAGACCGCUCUCGGGCCGUGGCGAUCAGCAACGUAACGUACAGCAAUCUGAAGGGGACCUCGAGCCGGGCAACCGCCGUGGCGUUCGACUGCAGCGACGGCGGCAGCUGCACGGACAUCCACGUCGAGUCCAUGAACAUCACGGGGCCAGGUGGGGCAGCAACAGUCGCCCGCUGCCGGAACGCGCAGGUAGCCAUCUCCGGAUCAGUUUACCCAGAGAUCCCGUGCCGCAGCUAA